AUGGGCAACCGCCCCAUCUCUGGGCUCCAGAGAACCACAUCGGCGGGAUACCGAUCGCCACCAACCAAGCUGCCAGCCUCAGUCUCCCCGGCUGCUCCGAGUGGCGCUGUGACGCUCAGGGGUCCUGCUGGCAGGCCCCAGAAGUCCCAGGCCCCGAAGGCGAAGGCGGAACGGGGGUCGGGAGCGGAGAGCGUGAGACAGGACCAGCUGUGGAGGGAGCUGCUGGAAGCAGAGCGGCGGAGCCAGCAGCGCUGGGCUCACAAUUGGAGUUUCCUGAAAGACUGUGAUCCAAUGGGCAAUAAGAAGGAGCACCCGACGUUGCUGGAGCACGUGCCUCUCUUCUCAGACACGGUCCCCAACUCCAUGAACCAGAUUGUGGGCAGCGGGAUGGACACUCCUCUGGGGAAAACGCUCAUGCACGUGGACAUCCUCUUCGUGGAAGGAGUUCGGAAGAAGAAGCUUGAAGAAGAGCUACAGCCCAUCUAGGACCAAGGAGGGGCUGGGCCAGGCCUUCCUGAGAUGGCUGUAGGAGUCUAGUGGGAGGCUCUGAAUUGACUUAGCUCAUGGCCUGGCCCAGGGAAAACCCAGUCCACCAAUGUUAGCUGGUACUUUUGUUAUCUCUAAGCCCUACAACAGCCUUCCAGGAGGCUCCAUUGGCUUGUUUUUACACCUGAGGAGACUGAGACCAAGAGGACUCAAGCAACUUACCCAAAGCCAUAUAAUCUGUAAUGGUAGAGAUUCAACCCUACCCCUUAAGACAGCCUGUGAGAGGGAGCCCAACACUGUGGUAGGAGCACUGUCAUGGAUUGAAUUACGUCCUCCCAAAAGUGUGUGUAUCAGUUUGGCUGGGCCAUGAUUCCCAGUACUGUGUGAUUUUCCUAUAUGUUGUAAAUCCUGCCUCUAUGACGUUAAUGAGGGAGGAUGGGCGACAGUUGUGUUAGUGAGGGAGGACUCAACCUACAUGAUUGGAUUGUGUCUUGAGGCAACCUCUUGAAAUAUGAAAGAAAGAAGCGAGCAGAGAAGACAGGGGGACCUCAUACCACCAAGAAAGCAGCACUGAGAGCAGAGUGCAUCCUUGGGACCUGGGGUCCCUGUGCCUGAGAAGCUCCUUGACCAGGGGAAGAUUGAGGACAAGGACCCUUCCUCCAGAGCUGACAGAGAGAGAAAGCCUUCCGCUGGAGCUGACACCCUGAAUUUGGACUUGGAACCUACUAGGCUGUGAAAGAAUAAAUUUCUUUUUGUUAAAGCCAUCCACUUGUGGUGUUUCUGUUAUAGCAGCACUAGAUGACUAAGAGAGGCACUAACUGCCUGGAUUCAAACUCUGUUCCAGACUCUUACCUGCUGUAUAACCUUGGGCAGCUUGUUUGACCCAUCUGUGCCUCUGUUUUCCCAUCUAUGAUACGAUGUAUUCAUUUCCUAUUACUGUUAUAACAAUUUACCACAAACUUUGUAACUUAAAUUCUUUACCUUAUAGUUAUGGAAGUUAGAAAUCCAAAAUGAGUCUCACAGGCUAAAAUCCAGGUGUUAGCAGGGCUCAUGCCUUCCAGAGGCUCUAGGGGAGAAUCUGUUUCCUUGCCUUUGCCAGCUUCUAGAGGCUGCCUGCAUUCCUUGGCUUGUGGCCCCUUCCUCCAUCUGCAAAACUAUCAUGAUAGCCUCUUCAAGUCUCUCUCUCCCUCUCCUGCCUCCUUUGUCCUCUUUUAAGGACCCUUGUGAUUACACCAGGCUAACCCUGAUAAUCCAGGACAAUUUCUCCUUCUCAAGAUCCUUAACUUAGCCAUAUCUGCAAAAUCCUUUUUGCCACGGGAGGCAACAUAGUCAUAGGUCCCAGUGACUAGGACGUGACAUCUCAGGUAGGCCAUUAUUCUGCUACUACAUGUGGGGACAGUAAUAAUACCAGGUUUAUAAGGUUGCUAUGAGAUUAACUGGAAACCCUGGUGGGAUAGUGGUUAAGAGCUCCACUGCUAACUAAAAGGUUGGCAGUUCCAAUCCACCAGGCAUACCUUGAAAACCUUAUGGGACAGUUCUACUCUGUCAUAUAGGGUCGCUAUGAGUUGGAAUCGACUCAGUGGCAACAGGUUUGGUUUGCUUUUGGUUAUGAGAUUAACUCAGUUAAUAGAUGUAAGGGCUUAGACCUGGGAUACAGUGUGGAUGUCAGUGUUGGCACAGGCGACUUCUUUCUCAGGUGGGAGCACUUUCCUGGUGUGGUUAUGUGAGGAAGAUGUGGGUCCUCAGAUGGGUCUGCUGAGAAGGUUGACUCUCAAGGUCAGUGUUUCUGUCUCCUUUGUUAUCUCGUCUGUUCACGGCCAUUCUCACCACAGCGGUCAGGGUUAGGCAAGGAACUAGGCAUUGGGAGCCCACCCUGCAGGGCAGCUGAGCUGAGGCGAAGCAGUCCAUCACCUGUGCACCUGUGACCUGGGUUCAUGUCAUGUCCUCCAUCUGUCCACACAGUCUAAUACCCUGAGAGCACUGACUGUGCCAUGGGCAGACAGGGCGGGUCCUGGGUGUGGGCUGGAGCAGAGGAGUGAGGGGGAGCUGUGCAGGGCUGGCAUAUGGCCUGGCAGGGAGGGCAUGCCUGCUAGGUGUGGGCUUCCUGCCCCUCCCAAAGACCAUGUUGGCAGCCUGUAUAAACUUGACAGCAGACAGUCUGGCUCCUUAUGUCCAAGCAAAAGUUGCAGCAAGGGCUCUUUCCUCUCUGUUGGUUAAAAAAACGAGUGAGUCAGUCCUCCUUUUCUGGGUACACCAAGCCAAAAAACCCCAAACUCAUUGCCUUCAAGUUGAUUCUGACUCAUAGCAACCCUAUAGGACAGAGUAGAACUGCCCCACAGAGUUUCCAAGGAGAGCUUGUAGAUUCGAACUGCUGACCUUCUGGUUAGCAGCUAUAGCUCUUAACCACUACACCACCAGGAUUUCCUCUGAGCACACAGCUAGAUUAUAUUUUCCGGCCUCUCUUGCGAUGGGGGCAUGGCUGUGUGACUGGGUCGUGGCCGGUGGAAUGGGAGCUAUGGCGGCAUGUGCCACUUCCAGGCCUGGUCCAUGGACCUUGUUCUCUUCUCUCCUGCAGCCUGAAGAUGGCGAGGAUUGGAGGAUGUGGGGAGGGCAAAGCACGCCAGGGACAAGGCACAAGCCCUAGGUGAGCACAUGGAGCAGGGCUCCCCACACCCACACUGGGCUGUGACACCUGCGAGAUGCAAAUGCUUGUGGUGUUAGGGACAAAAACCAAAAACAGAAACAAACAUGCAAAAGCCAAACAUGGUAAUGCGCACGUGUAGUGUAAAGCAUCUUAAAUAUAUGCUCUCAUUUGCUUCUCACCACAACCCAAGAAAGCAAACAGGCAGAGAUACUGUACUCAUUUAACAUAGGGAAAAACUGAGGCUCAGGUUUUAAAUAAAAUCCCCAAAUUCUCAAGGCAAGUAAGAAGCUUAGCCAUGCACUGAACCCAGGCCUCUGGAUUUCAAUGCCAGUGUCCUUCACAUGACACCAGCCACAGCCUCCUGAAGAGAGAGGAAAAUGGAACAGGGGCUGAAAUGGCUGCUCUAUCUUUGACACUUACUUGGGCUUCAUUUAGCUUUCUAGCUAAUAUUAAAUGUCACUGUUGUUUCUGUUAGUAACUCAUUUAAUCCUCUCAGCAACCUUAUGAGAUAGGUAUUAUCAUGCCUUACAGAUGAGGAAACUAAGGCACAGAGAGGUUAAGUAACUUGCCCAAUGCCACACAGCUGGUAAAUGGUGGAGCCAGGUUCAAAAUACAGGAAUUUAGUCUGGCUCCAGAGACCAUAUGCUUAAGCACUAUGUGGGACCCCCUUAAUACUCGGUGGAUCCCUGGUGGCACAGUGGUUAAGAGCUAUGACUGCUAACCAAAAGGCUGGCAGUUUGAAUUCACCAGCCGCUCCUUGGAAAUCCUAUGGGGCAGUUCUACUCUGUCCUAUAGAGUUGCUAUGAGUUGGAAUCGACUCGAUGGCAAUGGAUUGAACUGUGUCCUCUCAAAACGUGUUGAAAUCCUAACCUGUGGAUGUAGCCCAUUUGGAAAUAGGUUUUCUUUGUUAUGUGAGUGAGGUCAUAUCAGUGUAGGGUGUGACCUAAACCUAAUCACUUCUGAGUUAUAAAAACAGCAGAUUAGAUGUAGGAUGGAGCACAAAUGAGGGAUGAUAGAUGCCAUGUGACGAUCACCCAAGGGACUGAAAAAUGCAGGGGCUACAGAAGCUGAAAGAGACUAGGAUUCCCACUAGAGCUGAUAGAAAGAAAGCCUUCUUCUAGAGCCAGUGCCUUGAAUUCAGACUUCCAGUUCUAAACUGAGAAAAUACAUUUCUGUUCUUAAAAGCCACCCAUUUCUGGUAUUUCUGUUACAGUAGCACUAAGAAACUAAGACAGACAGUAAAACUAUGGGGUUAAAGAUUCUUAGGGAACAGUAGUGAUGAAAUCUGGAAGACAUCACUGUAACCAAAUUAUUAAACUUAGCAUCACCAACAAUAGGAUAAACUGACAUCAUGGGCCUCCUGCUGGGACAUGCUGAUAAUACAGCAUCACCCACGUGGUAUUCCUGACCCCAAAAUGCGUGACCUGAGUCUAGUCAUGAAGAAACACAAGACUAACCCAAACAGGGGGGCCUUCUGCAAAAUGGCUGGCCUGGACUCCUCUAAAACGUCAAUGCGUCAAUGUCAUAAAAGACAGAGGAGGCUAAGCACGUGUUCCAGAUUGAAGGCAAGGCAAUGCAUUAUCCCUGAUUGGUUCCUGGGUCAAAGGAAAAACAGCUGUGAAGGACAUUUUGGAGACCAUUGGAGAAACAUGAAUAUAGCCUAAAUAAUAGUACUGUAUCAAGGUUAGACUUCCUGAAUGUGAUAACUACAGGCAGGUCACGAAGAAGAAUGCCCUUGUUAGGAGAUACACGCUGCAGUAUUCAGGGGUGUAGGGUCAUGAUGCCUGUAACUAACUGGUGAAUGGUUUAACAGAAAAAACGUGUACUGCAUGUAGAGAAUGAUGAAAUAAAUGCGAAAACAUGGUAGCCAUUGAUGAAUCUAGGUGAAGAGUAUAUAUGCAACCUUUCUAUAGGCUGGGGAAUUUUCAAAAUUAAAAAAAUAAUAAUUGGGAUUGGGAGAAUGGCUGUCACCCAUAGGGGCUGAGCUUAUGUCUCGUUGGUUGAAAAGAAUACCAGAAUGAAAACAGCAUCAGUUCUCAAUUCCAGAUUUCCCAGGAAGGUAUUCCUUGGGCCAGCCUCAGUCAGGGAGCCACCCUGCUGCAUUCAGUUGUGGCCGGAGGAGUAGAGUCAGCCUCAGGUAUCGGGCUGUGUCCCGUGGAACCCUGUAGAUGGGGGGAGGCAGAGUUCUCAAAGGUAGGAGCACUUGUUUUGGGUUGGAGAGACGUCUCAGUGGGUAUGCCUGGUAGAAAUCCCCCAUGCAGGCACACCCACCCUCCUGAGGAUACUGAGGAUCCUGGGGAACCAGCUGUUUGGAGGCAGCCAAUAGGUAGGUCAGGACAGCCUACAUGCUGGAGGGUGUCCCAGUUGGGACAGGUGCCUGGAGCUGCACCCCUUCCUGUAAGGCCCAUUCCUGAUCAUCCCUAUCACAACCCACCCACAACCCACUGUGUCAGAAGCCAAGCUGGAGCCCACAAAUUCCAAGAAAGUUUUGCUGGUGUGCACCUGGUGGGGAGCUACCACAUACUGAGUACUUUGCAAUAACCUGGGUGUUAUCCCCAUCUUAAGAUGAAGAAACUGAGGCAUAGGGAGGUUAAAGGCUUUCCCAAGUCAUGCAGCCUGUAAGGGCCACUGCUGGAAGGAUAGCUGAGAUGUGCCAGACAUCCAAGUCCCACACGCCCUCAUCGCCCACAUCGCUUCUUCAUGCAGAGCAUCCCGUGUACA